CCGACACAACGCCAUUUUGCUCCAAUCCGACUGGCGAAUCAGAUUGGUCCUGAAACUGAUCGAACAAUCCCCUCUGCUGAUUGGCCCGAAGUCAGUUGGGACCGGUUCGAUAUACGCCAUUUGUGCCAUUCACGCCAGCUCGUCUAUGGGCGUGUAAAGUCUGCCCUCACUGGGCGUCGAGGCGCCUAUCACUGCGUCUAUCUCGGACUCAGUCUGUCCAGCCUGCCCUCGUGCGCCCUGUUCUGUCUUGCCCUCGGCGCUUGUGUCCUAUUCUGGCCUGUCCUACCGAAUAAUGCUAUUUCCUUUCCGCCUUGCACCCACCAUCCAAAAUCGCCACUACCGACUGCUUCAAAUACUCUUCCCUCGGCCGGCCUCCGCAUCCCUGCAUCUUCGCAUCUGCGAGUCUUUACAACUUCACGUCUCCGCCUCUCUCAUACACCGUUUGUUUUAGCCUCAAUUUGCGUCAAGUCCUUCCAUUACUACAACCAGCUUCGACGACAUGGCGAAUCGAGUACAGGAUUACGGUAUGGACGUAGCCAUUUCCAGGAAGCCAUUGCUCAACCUCCUUUUGGCGCAGAAAUCACGUGA